GGGGAGGGAGCCCGGGGCGCAGCAUCCUGGCGCGGGCCUGGGCGGCCGCUGUCACUGCCGUCGGGGAAGGUCCCAGCGCGGACAUGGCCUUUGGCGGCGCCCGCCUGGGCCCCGGCCCCCUGUGCUCCGCGCAGUAGCCGCGCACAGGCGGCCUCGACGGUGCGGACGGCGCAGACGGCCGGGCGGGCGGCAUGGAGGCGGCGCACCUGCUCCCGGCCGCCGACGUGCUGCGCCACUUCGCGGUGACGGCCGAGGGCGGCCUGAGCCCGGCGCAGGUGACCAGCGCGCGCGAGCGCUACGGCCCCAACGAGCUCCCGACCGAGGAAGGGAAGUCCCUGUGGGAGCUGGUGCUGGAGCAGUUCGAGGACCUUCUGGUGCGCAUCCUGCUGCUGGCCGCCCUGGUCUCCUUUGUCCUGGCCUGGUUCGAGGAGGGCGAGGAGACCAUGACGGCCUUCGUGGAGCCCCUGGUCAUCGUGCUGAUCCUUGUGGCCAAUGCAGUCGUGGGCGUGUGGCAGGAACGCAACGCCGAGAGUGCCAUCGAGGCCCUGAAGGAGUACGAGCCCGAGAUGGGCAAGGUGCUGCGCUCGGACCGGACCGGUGUGCAGAGGGUCCGCGCGCGGGACAUCGUCCCCGGAGACAUCGUGGAAGUGGCGGUGGGAGACAAAGUGCCUGCUGACCUCCGCCUCGUGGAGAUCAAGUCCACCACGCUGCGAGUGGACCAGUCCAUCCUGACAGGUGAGUCCGUGUCCGUGACCAAGCACACAGAUGCCAUCCCAGAUCCCAGAGCCGUGAACCAGGACAAGAAGAACAUGCUGUUUUCUGGCACCAACAUCGCCUCGGGCAAGGCAGUGGGUGUGGCCGUGGCCACGGGCCUGUGCACGGAGCUGGGUAAGAUCCGGAGCCAGAUGGCGGCCGUGGAGCCAGAGCGGACGCCGCUGCAGCAGAAACUGGAUGAGUUUGGGCGUCAGCUGUCCCACGCCAUCUCCGUCAUCUGCGUGGCCGUGUGGGUCAUCAACAUCGGCCACUUCGCCGACCCGGCGCAUGGCGGCUCCUGGCUCCGAGGCGCUGUGUACUACUUCAAGAUUGCCGUGGCCCUGGCUGUGGCCGCCAUCCCCGAGGGCCUCCCGGCUGUCAUCACUACAUGCCUGGCGCUGGGCACACGGCGCAUGGCACGCAAGAACGCCAUCGUGCGGAGCCUGCCCUCCGUGGAGACCCUGGGCUGCACCUCCGUCAUCUGCUCCGACAAGACGGGCACGCUCACCACCAAUCAGAUGUCUGUCUGUCGGAUGUUCGUGGUAGCCGAGGCGGAAGCUGGCGCAUGCCGUCUGCACGAGUUCACCAUCUCGGGCACCACCUACACCCCAGAGGGCCAAGUGCUGCAGGGAGAGCAGCCGGUGCGCUGCGGGCAGUUCGAUGGGCUGGUGGAGCUGGCGACCAUCUGUGCCCUGUGCAACGACUCCGCCCUGGACUACAACGAGGCCAAGGGCGUGUAUGAGAAGGUGGGAGAGGCCACAGAGACAGCCCUGACUUGCCUGGUGGAGAAGAUGAACGUGUUCGACACCAACCUGCAGGACCUCUCCCGAGUGGAGCGAGCUGGCGCCUGCAACGCGGUCAUCCGUCAGCUGAUGCGGAAGGAGUUCACCCUGGAAUUCUCCCGAGACCGGAAGUCUAUGUCAGUGUACUGCACGCCUACCCGCCCCAGCCAGGCGGCCCAGGGCAGCAAGAUGUUUGUGAAGGGGGCUCCGGAGAGUGUGAUCGAACGCUGUUCCUCAGUCCGAGUGGGGAGCCGCACCGCCCCCCUGAGCACCACCUCCAGGGAGCAGAUUCUAGCCAAGAUCCGGGACUGGGGCUCGGGCUCGGACAUGCUGCGCUGCCUGGCCCUGGCCACCCGGGACGCGCCCCCGAGGAAGGAAGACAUGCAGCUGGAUGACUGCAGCAAGUUUGUGCAGUACGAGACGGACCUGACUUUCGUGGGCUGCGUGGGCAUGCUGGACCCUCCGCGGCCCGAGGUGGCUGCCUGCAUCGAACGCUGCCACCGGGCGGGCAUCCGUGUGGUCAUGAUCACGGGGGACAACAAAGGCACGGCGGUGGCGAUCUGCCGCCGGCUCGGCAUCUUCAAGGACACGGAGGACGUGGUGGGCAAGGCCUACACGGGCCGCGAGUUCGAUGACCUCAGCCCGGAGCAGCAGCGCCACGCCUGCCGCACGGCCCGCUGCUUUGCCCGUGUGGAGCCCGCACACAAGUCCCGCAUCGUGGAGUUCCUUCAGUCCUUCAACGAGAUCACCGCCAUGACUGGAGAUGGGGUGAAUGACGCCCCAGCCCUGAAGAAAGCAGAGAUCGGCAUCGCCAUGGGCUCCGGCACAGCCGUGGCCAAGUCAGCAGCAGAGAUGGUACUGUCGGAUGACAACUUUGCCUCCAUUGUGGCUGCAGUGGAGGAAGGCCGGGCCAUCUACAGCAACAUGAAGCAAUUCAUCCGCUACCUCAUCUCCUCCAAUGUGGGCGAGGUCGUCUGCAUCUUCCUCACGGCAAUCCUGGGCCUGCCCGAAGCCCUGAUCCCUGUGCAGCUGCUCUGGGUGAACCUGGUGACGGAUGGCCUGCCUGCCACCGCCCUGGGCUUCAACCCUCCAGACCUGGACAUCAUGGAGAAGCUGCCCCGCAACCCCCGUGAGGCCCUCAUCAGCGGCUGGCUCUUCUUUCGAUAUCUGGCUAUUGGAGUGUACGUGGGCCUGGCCACCGUGGCUGCUGCCACCUGGUGGUUCCUGUAUGAUGCCGACGGACCUCACAUCACCUUCUACCAGCUGAGGAACUUCCUGAAGUGCUCUGAGGACAACCCGCUCUUUGCCGGCAUUGACUGCGAGGUUUUCGAGUCGCGCUUCCCCACGACCAUGGCCUUGUCUGUGCUGGUGACCAUUGAAAUGUGCAACGCCCUCAACAGCGUCUCAGAGAACCAGUCGCUGCUGCGGAUGCCACCCUGGCUGAACCCCUGGCUGCUGGCAGCUGUGAUCAUGUCCAUGGCCCUGCACUUCCUCAUCCUGCUCGUGCCGCCCCUGCCUCUCAUUUUCCAGGUGACCCCACUGACUGGGCGCCAGUGGGGGGUGGUGCUGCAGAUCUCUCUGCCUGUCAUCCUGCUUGAUGAGGCCCUCAAGUACCUGUCCCGGCACCACGAAGGAAAGGACCGGAAGUGAGCGCAGGGGCAGAGCGGAGUCUCCAGCGUGUACCUCAUCCUGCUGGUGCCCAGCAUUCGCCCGCUCCCGCCUGCCACCACGCCGGCCAGCCGCUCGCUCACCGGGCCCUCCCGACGGAGGCUGGACUGGCUCCGGUCCUGCCCCCAUGGCCGUCGUCCCCUCUGUCUGCCUGGGGGCCCUACUGCAUGUCUCCGGACGCUCCUGGGGAGUUUGCCCCCAAAGAUCUGGCCCGGGAGGGGCCUGCCCAGAAGCCAGAGCUGGUGGCCCAUCCUGAGACGCAGAGCCCUGCACCCCCAAAUCCACGAGCACCUUCCGGAGCCCGCGCCCCCUUGCUUGGAGGCUGGGCUUUCCUCGGUGCCAGGCGUCUCUACCGAAAGAGGACUCCUUCGGGCCCCGCCCUCUAGCUGUGACCUCUCACUUAGUGCCUGGUCUGGGAGCUGGUCAGCUGGGGGUGGGAGGGGGACAUCUGGGCCCAGCUGUGCACAGCCAGGGCAGGCCACCCCCACCCACUCUGCGCUGCUUCCACAGAGGCGGCUCCUGAGGGCUUGGGCCUCUUUCUGUUUAUGUGCACGGGGAGCUGAAGGGUCAGAGAGACAGGAGUGGGGGAGGAGGCUGGGCCAGGACCCUCUCCUGGGAGACAGCCAGCCUGCCUGCCUCUGCUCGCCUCACUCCUGAACUCAGGGUCUCGGUCCUAAGCAGACGAUACGUGUCCUCUCGGUGCCGCCUUGUCUACCCAGCAGCGGCCGGGCCUGCCCUCUGUGUGCCUGGCAGCUGAGACCUCAGCUCUCCUGCGUCCCUGACAGCCAUGCCCUCCCACCCAGUCCCACGCCUGCCCGUCUCGUGGUCCGCACGGCUGGGUGACCCUGAGUCCCUGGGCUCUUGGCCUCACUCUUUGCCCCCAACCCCACACACCCGAGAGCGGAAAGGAUGUUGCUCAGAAUGGCUAGCUGGCAAGGCACUUUUCUCCCUCCGGCAAGAUCCGCGUGGAUCGUGUGUGUCGGGCGGGAGGGAGAGCCUUUGAUGGACAGAAUGUUCUUGUAACCCAGCUUUUGCCCCUUUGGCAAGAAUUAGUUGUAGAAGAAAGCCCUGAGUAAAUGACGUGUCCUCUCCCUA